AUGAGAGCGAGUGAAUGGCGCUACGCUAGCUCUAGCCACAGUUCUGUGGACCUGGAGUUAUGCAUGUAUAGGCUUCUACACAUCAAGGUGCAACUUGUUGCAGGGUGCCUUACCAUCAUCAACACCCUAAGGACAGAAAAUGUUAGAGGCUUGCUGAAAACACUCACUGAAGCGGGCAAUAGUAAAGUCACUGAAAGCCUAAAGAAAAUCCAAUUGGGUGGGCUAGAUAGCCCUACUGCGCAAACAAUUGCAGCAGAGCUUGAGGGCACCAAAGCAGCUAGCUGCAAUUUGGGCGAAAGCGCGAGUGCGAAAAAGUAUCCUGGUCUCGUAAUUCCAUUCGCACACGACGCGGAUUUCGACUGUGCCGCUUUGAUCCAAGAAACUUACACAGCCGGACUUAGCCCACUCAAACAAUCGAACUUUGACCCAUCGUCAGGAACAUACGACAAUACACAAGCUCCAUUUGAUAAUGUGGCGGCCAGCAAUGUCGCAUUUAUACUGUCGGCAAAAAGCACAAAGGUCUCUUGCGCCGCCACCAAAGACUGCGAAGCCGGCCAUGACGUUUUAUUCUGCUACUUCAUAGAGCCACUCCAAGCUGGGGAUAAGCCUUUCACAGCUGAGCUUUACAAUGCUCUCUGGGGGUUGGAGACAGGUGCGGCGUCCAUCUCGGCUCCCAGCGUCGUCACUGCUCUUUCUCCAGCCGCCGUGAUCAUAUUGGUCCACAUUUGA